AAGAGAAGUGUCCCCAGGAUGUUUACGCCGAGAGGAGCGUGCGUGCAAACGCAGUGGGUGGUGGGAUAGAUGGGGAUGUUUCCAUCAUGGCGGCUUCCAUUUCGGGCUAUACUUUUAGUUCUGUGUGUUAUCACAGCGCUAACAGCAACUCUGAUCAUGAGGGCUUCCUUUUAGGAGAAGUAAGGCAAGAGGAAACUGUCAGCAUCAGUGAUACACAGAUCAGCAGCGCUGAACUCCUCCAAGUAGUAGAAGUCCAUAAUCAUGAACCUUGUGCACAGCUAUUUAGCUUUUAUGAUUCUGCUGGAAAAGUCAAUGAUGAGAAUCUUAACAGAAUUCUUAAAGACAGACAGAAAAAUGUCAUCGGCUGGUACAGGUUCAGGAGGAACACGCAGCAGCAGAUGUCGUUCAGGGAACAGAUCAUCCACAAGCAGCUGACCCAGCUCCUGGGCGUGCCCGACCUAGUCUUCCUCCUCUUCAGCUUCAUCUCCACAGCUAAUAACUCUACACACGCACUGGAGUAUGUGCUGUUCAGACCCAACCGCAGCAGGUACAACCAAAGGGUGACCCUCUGCAUCCCCAACCUGGGCACCACGAGCCAGCAGGAAUACAAAGUCUCCUCUGUCCCCAACACCUCACUCAACUAUGCCAAGGUCAUCAAAGAGCACGGGGCUGAAUUCUUUGAUAAAGACGGUGUGAUGAAGGAUAUCAGAACAAUUUUUCAAGUCUACGGUGCACUACAAGAUAGAGUGCAAGCUGUAUGUGGAGAGGUUGAGCAGAGUGAACGCGUGAAAGAGAAAUUCCAGGAGGAGGUGAACAAACUCAAACUGCAAAUUGCUCUCAGGAAACAAAAAUCCGCGGAGGCGGAGAGAAGACUCCAGGAGGCACAGAACCCUGAGCAACGUCCUACUCCUGAGGAGAACUCUGAGCCCCCAGAGACCUCCCUCCUGUCCAGGGUGGUCUUCCACACCCCAUCUACCCCCGAGCGGCCAGGUCCCUCUGCAAACCCCCCUUCCUACGCAGACCUCCUCUCCUUGCAGGAUGACUCGCUCCUCCACUCCUUGUCCUCCCCUACCAGUGCUGCGCUGCUACCCCGUCCCCAGGCUGUGGGGUCUCCAGGCCACCCUUCUCCCAGUCCUCUGGGUCUGAACCUCAGUGCGGGCCCCAGCCCUGCUCCUAGCCCCAGUACGCCCUACCUGGGGAACGGAGACGGAUCCAGCUCUGACUCCCUGGACAGACAGGCUGCAGGGCAAGAGGAUGAUGAGGAGGAUGAUGAGGAGGAUGAUGAUGAUGAUGAUGAGGACAGCAGUGAGUAUGAGAACCUUGUGAGCGAGGUGGCACAGUUGCCCCCGGUUACUGCCAGUGUGUUGGCGCAGGGCCGCCCAGCCGCCCUCAGUCCAGACGGCGAUGCCUCAGUCCGUGGCUCACAGACUUCGUAGAAGCCAGCCAUGGGGACACAAUUAACUGACACGCUGGGAGAGGUUGGCAUCCCAACCAAUCAAAGAGAGUAGUCUUCUGUAUUACAGAGGAAGUGCCAGCCCGGAAAAUAAAAGGCAUGUGUAUUUCUGUUCGCUUUUAGUUUGAUAACCAUUCUGGGGGGUAAUGUCAUGCUUCAUGGGCUAUACUUUUCUGUCUAGCGUGGUAAAGCUAAUCAGUUGGAGCCUGGCUGCCUCCAGUGGAUGCGUUUGAUUUGGGGACUGAUUACGGAAUAAACGCAAACCGGUUUGUCCGACCUCUCCGUAUGGAUAGACCCACUGCGUCCUGGAUCAUGCUGCGUCACAUCUGCAUCAUCAACUUUGAGCAUCCAAUUGUACCAUUACCUCUUGCACUAUGUUUGCCUUUUAACAAUUUAUUUAAGACAAGCAAAGGGAAAAUGUUCUGUGGCCUUCAAACUUUUAUUUUUAGAGAGACAGGUGAGUUUUUUUUUUUUUGUCUUUCCAUUUUCUUUUUUUUUGCUUAUUACAAAGAAGUAAUAUAUAUGUAUGCGUAAGCUAUAAUUUCGUUAGUCUGCACAGGUCUGAUACUCUACUUUGAGCUGUCUUUAUUAGGAUUUAAUUUCCUUUAACAAUCAAUGGAUUUUAUGAAUCAUGCGGUUGCCUAUUUAGAUGACAAAGAGUCUAGAUUCAGUUUUACUUCACCGCUACUAUAAUUUGUGUUUAUAUUAUUUUUAGGACAAAAUAACAGCUAUGACCCAGAGUCAGAAGAACUCGUGGAUACCAACUCUGCAUGCAGUAUGAAGGAAGUUAGUUUCACGAGCCAACGCUAACUAAAGUUAGCGCAAUGACUAGAAGUCUACAGGUACACUUGCAUACGAAAAAUGGUAUCUACGAGUUCAGCUGACUAUGGGUGAUUAUAAAAACCAGAUUCUCGCAGUAUCCCUAAUUAAUGUCACUCAAUGUCUAAUUUUUCUUAAAUAACACUGAAACUGUAUGCGCUUUGCUGCACAUAACACAUUUAGAUGAUUUUGUUAUUGUGCUUUACCAAUGCUGUUCAGUUGUGCCACUUGAGUAGUACGCUUUGAUCACCUGAGCUGAGCUAGCUCAGCUUUUGUGGAUUGUAUGGGGUUGACAGGGAGAAAACACAACGUACUCUAGCUUUACUAACCAGACCUCGCUGCUGCAUCAGAGCUACCACUAAACAAAAUAACUGUGCAUUUACAUAAACCUGUCUGCUUCUUUCAUCUCAUGUCCUUGCACUGCUGGUCGUCUCCAUUUCUGCCAAGUGCUGAAACUGACUAGAAUGGCUUCCCCCAAGGUAAUUCUGAGGGAACGGUUUCCCCCCUGUAGUGUAUAGCUAGCUAUAUGUUACAGCCUUGGAACAAGACAUCUUCUGACUGUCUUGUCAACACCAAUAGACCUCACACUCUCAAAGCUGAUUGGGAUAAAUGUGUAUGGACCUUGAUAAUGUGACAAAAAUGACCUCAAUUCAGAGUCCAGUGCCUUCCAUUUUGGCAGUUACACCGACUCGUUACUACACACAAUUCAAGCGACUGGAAAGAAGAAAGGUUGUUCCAAUUGUGGUCAGAGUAUCCUUCACCCUGCAGUGUUAUCCAAGCCUUGUGUAUAUAGCUUUUCCCAUGUACAGCCCACGUUGUAUUUAUUGUAUGUUGCUCUUUCUGCCUUGGUCAACUAGCUUUCCUUCAUCACUCAGCCAUACUGUAUAAUGUCAACUCAUAGCUUGGUGAACUGGUACUCUAAUUUGUCUUAGAACAUAUUAAUUACUGAACAACAAAGUCCCACAAAAGAUUAUAAUGACAAAUUCGAGAAAGGAGUGGUUUCCACUUGAGCACUGGAAUAAACAAUGGGAGUUAAGAACAAGUAAUCAAUAAUGAAUGUACACUGUACAGUAUAUAGGAGGUUGUAGCAUUCAAACAGCACCUAUUUAUGAGAAUCUCAGUCAGGAUGGAAGUGGCUGGCAGGAGAGAAAGGUGAAAGUACUCUUAAUAACAUGGUUUGGCCCCUAGCUGGAAGUGGCCCCUGAGAGCCUGCAACUUCUCCCUGAAGUACAAAGUCUCAUCACAUCACUCAUGUCUGUAUGAUCGGUGGGACAGGAAUAGGCCAAGCUCUUUUGGUCACUUGGUUCUUAAGUGGGUUGUAAUAAUAAAAGAGACAUGCUUA